AUGCACCAUCCGGCAGACACCCUACGAAAUGUGCUGCAGAGCGCACAAGCACAUCUGCAGGCCGCCAUCCCGGCCAAAGGCCAGGAGUGCCCAGAUCAGGUGGCUGUUUCAGAUGCAAGCAUGAUAGACAGUGACAACUACAAAGAAAUCGACUCAACUCCACAUCAAAUUCGACCCAUGUCCUCUGCUUCAUGUAUGUAUGGUUGUUCUCCUACACAUGCUGCCGCGCUCCGUGAGCCUAGUCAAGUAUUCACAAAUGGAUUUGAAAUGAUCAACCUGGCUGUUUCAAGGAGUACAUCGGAUUGA